AUGUUAUUUUGGAAUCUUGCACAUGAAAUUCUUCCGGUUGGGUCAGUUCUGCAUUCCAAAAUCCCCUCCUUCAAUGCUUUGUGUUGCCUUUAUGCAGAUGAACCAUCUUCAUACCUUUCAAGAUUGCCUAACUCCGCCUUGCUCUGGACUGAAAUUUUGUCCUCAAGGAUGAUUCCUUCUAACUUUGAUUACUAUAAGUUUCGGAAUCUGCCUUGGAAUGAGUGGCUUCUCUUUCAGUUCAAUUUCAAUGACUCUUGGUUAACAAUUUUCAUAACUUGCAUUUGGCAUUUAUGGCGUUCGCGGAAUAAGGCUGUCUUUGAAGGAGCUAUACUGAGAACAAAUGCUAUGAUUAAUCUUUUCUGGUAUGAUCUUCGUAGCACUAAUCUUGUUUUUCAGGAAUCUACCUCUACUGUUCCUCCUCUAGCUAUUUCUCUCUGGGCUCCCCCUCCGACUGGUUACAUUAAACUUAAUAUUGAUGGGGCUUGGAAAGCCAUUGAUAGUGCUGGUGGUGGAGGUGUCUUUCGGAAACCUGAUAGCUCGUGGUAUGUUGGUUUUUCUGCAAAAUAUUUUGCUUCAUCUCCCCUUGCUGCAGAACUUAUGGCGCUGAAAGAUGGUCUAACAAUGGCUCAAGAUUUUAAUAUGGAAUGUCUUAUCAUCGAGACUGAUGCUUUGGAAAUGAAGGCCAUGCUCACUAAUGUGGAAAACUUCCAGAAUAGUGCGCUUGUCAAUCUUAUUAGAGAUAUCAGUGCUAUUCUAAACUCCAAUCCUUGCUAUUCUCUUAUGCAUUCCAAAAUUCUGCAAAUGCCCUGGCUCAUCUGCUUGCACAACGAGAAAAGUUAG